GUUUCAUCAUUUUCAAGUAGGUCACCUGCUUCCUUUUAUCCUCCUAUAAAUCUUUCUUUUCCUCCUCAGUCUCUCUUUCGCCCUUUCUUCUUCCAUUUCAUCAUUUUCUCUCUCCUCGGAGAUUUUUCCAGGCGUUAAUUUUUGUCAUAUAAUAAUUCCAAAAAAAAAAAGAAAAAAAAAUGAAUCGAUGGGAGCUUCAACAGAACGCCAUGGUGGUGGGUUGUGAAGAAUUCCGGGGCCCAAGUGGAGUAUCGUUGUCGGAUCGUAAAGGUCCUGUUCUUGUUUGCCCGAAACCCAGGCGAAUCGAGUUUUUAGCAACGAAUCUUACCAUGUCUUUGAGAUGGCAGAGAAGCCAACAAAACGAUGUUUGUGAUUCAAAAGCUGGUGCUGAUCUUCUUGACAUGAUUCUUCGCAAGGAAAGUCAUGGCGACGGAAGAUCUUCAGCUAGAGAGAUUGCAUCAUCACCCCCAUUUUUUUGUGGAUCACCACCUAGUAGAGUUUCUAACCCAAUAGUUCAGGAUGCGCAGUUUGGGGAUGAAAAUUUAUCCCCUUUGUCAACUUUACAACUCGCGUCUCCUUCCACAUCCGCAUCAUCUUCACCAUCACCAUCGUCUAUGAAGUCUGGUGGUGUGAGGAUGAAGUUUGGUCUCAAAUCCCCCACUGUUAGAGUAGAAGGUUUUGAUUGCCUCAACAGGGAUCGCCAGAAUUCAGGCAUCACUGCUGUGGCGUAAAGAAAGGAAAAUUCAAUUGGUUAACUGUAUAUAUACAAAUGAUCGAAGUGAAGCUGCCAUUGCAUAAGCAACUGCAUCAAACUUCUUGUCAAGGAAUUCCGGAUUUUGACGAAAAAGAUAUGUUUUUGGUUUUGUAGAAAAAAUUGCUGGAGAGAAAAUUGUCUUGCCAUUGUAUAUAGGAUGAUGUUCUACUAGAAAGAACACCAAGGGAGACAACCCAGAGGUGUGGUCUCUUUUCUUUUUGUACUAUAUGAGAGGAAGAAGAUUGUAAGAGAAAUUUGUAUAGAGAGCCAUUGAGAGUGGUCUGACCUUGUAACUUAUGGUGUAAAUAUACGCUCAUUUGCUACUAUUAUAUCGACUCCAUUGUUCUUUAA